CUGGUCGAAAUCGAAUCAGUUUGAAUAUCGUGUUUAGAGCAACAAGUUCGAUCGACAUUUGUGCUAGGCGAAAAUUGAGCUUUGAUAUUUUUGGACACCUAACCGAAUCGCAAGCGAUUUCAAUUUUGUUGGUGUACAUUUUUUUUCGAUAGAUUUUUUUCUCAUAAAAAUUUUUUUUUUAAAAAAUCGAACCAUGUCACGCUAUAUUUUGUGCGCUGUUUAUUUAUUAAUCGCAAUCAGUGCGGUUCAUUCGGCUUCAUAUUAUUAUCGUGCUGGACGUGAAGUAAUUGUUCCAACGAUUGAAGAGGUGAAAGAAGUAAUUUCGGAAUUGAAAAAAGAUGAGGGAGUUAUUGUCGAAGAAAUUGUAGCUGCCGUUCCAUCGGUGCCAGUUGAAGCAGUCGUUAAAAGCGUUCCGGUUGUUGAGAAUGUGGUGCCAAUCGUUGAAGCCGUUGAGACAAAUGUCAUGGCCGAUGCUGAAAAAGCCAUUGUUAGCGAUGUUGUAGCCGAUGAGGCUCGUUCAAAACCAAAUCCAGUACUUCGUUUGGACACAUUGGAAGUUAUACAGCCAGCCGGUGAAAAGUCCGAUAAGGUGGUAACGGUAGCUGAAACGGUGAAAAAUGCCGCCGUCCAAGCAAUUGAAAAACAAAACCAAGAAGUUGCCGAAAGCACUAAGAUCGAAGAACCAGCCGUCGUUCCAGAAACAAGAGUUGUUGUUGAUACACCAGUCGUUCAAACCGUAGUUGAGCCAGUCGUGCCAGCAGUAGUUGUUGCACCAGUUGUUCCCACAGUUGAAAAUGCUGAUGCUUCGGUUAAAUCGGUUGAAUCCGUACCAGUGGUUGAAAGUGUGGUGCCAGCCGUUGAGGCUCAAGUGGUCAAAGAAUCGGUACGUUCGGCUGAACCAGAGCCAGCCAAACCCGAAGAAACAGCCAAACCCGAAGAACCAGCCAAACCCGAAGAAUCAGGCAAACUCGAAGAACCAGCCAAACCCGAAGAACCGGCCAAACCCGAAGAACCAGCCAAAGAGAUGAAAGCCGAAGUGCCACAACCUACUGAAAAGUCCGUUGUCGUAGCACCAGAAAUGCGUCAAACCCCAGGACCACUCGAUCAACUCUCGAAUGCCAUUACCUCACUCACAUCGAAUAUUCAACAUACCUUCCAAAAUUUUAUCCAGGGUGGCCAAAAUGCUAUCCAAGGCGCCAUUCGGCCACCGGGUCAACAGCAAUCAGACACACCAGCAGCCGGAGCAGCAGCAUCUUCCGAACAGCAGAAUACCGCCGAACAGGCACCGGUUGCUGAUGCCACUCAAACCGCAGCCGCAACAACGGCCGCACCAAACUUGUUGCAAAGCGUUCAACAAGCCAUCACACAAUUCACAAACAACAUUAUCCCAGCCCAAUUGCGUCCAACACCUGCACCAGCCGCUCCAGAAGCGCCAGUCGUUGUGAGCGGCACCCGUGGUGGCGAAGAAACAGUUGAGGUUGUACAUAACAUUGACGUUGAUGUCAAUGACAAAGUCGAUUUGGCAAAAAAAGCUCAAUAAAUUUGUGUGUCUUUCUGCAGUGAACAGAGACGAAACCAACAAGCGAAAUAUUUCGAUAAACAGAGAGAUACAGAGAAUGAGCCAAUAGUAAAUAACCGAAACACAAAAAUAUAAACGCUCUAAAUACAUAAAUAAACUAACGCAGGAUUCAGAUUCAGAUUCAGAUAUAAGCCAUUCUGAUGAAUAAACAACAGCAACAACAACAACAGCAGCAGAAACUACACACAAAUAAUAUGGAUCGACUACUACUGACCUACAAUGUACCGUUCAUUCACCGUUUUUGAUACUCAUUUUAAUUUCUUAUAUAUUUUAAAACGCGCGUAGAUCGUUCAAGUGAAUCGGUUCUUCUUCUUUUUUGGAAACUUUAGCAAAAACCAACAAAAAACCCAAACCAGACAUACAAAUCAUUAAAUACAUAGAGAAGAAGACCAUAGCGCCAGGCCAAUACACACGCACAUGCUAUCAACGCCCAACAUAGUUCUUAAGCCUUAAAUCUGUAUCGAUUUAAAAUUUAAAUUUUAAUUUUAGUAACUUAUUAUCACCUAUGGAUUUGUGUGGGUCAGAUUUAAAAAAAAACGCACAAGUUGAAAACAACAAUAAUAAAAAAAAAAUAAAGAGAACACAAUUUACAUAUUAUGUAAAUGUGUUAAAUGUAUCGAUUCGAUCGUGUUAUCGUGAUAUAUCAAACCGAAUCGAGGCACAAUAUUCGUCAGCCAAGUUAUCAAGAAUAAAUUCAAAAUUGAGAGAAAA